CGGAAAACUACGCUCUCCGUCUGCCCCUGAGCUCCCUGUCCUAGGGACUGGAAGAGACGGGAGAAGAGGGCGAUAGAAACGGGGUGGGGACGUGGAAAGACAGUCCUAGCCAUCCCCGCCCGCCACCCCCACCCCAACUCGGCAGCAGUCACGUGGUGCCUGGAGUGGGAGGUGGGUAGAAGAGGCGAGACUUUUGGGGUGCUCUGGAUCGCCAGCAGUUUUUUCAGUCUCAGCCGACUACUCUGGAGACGCGGCGCUCCGCCUGGGAGAGCAAUUGAGAGGUACAGCUACCCGCAGUCGGGAGCCCCAGCGCGGGCAAUGCGGGCGCCACUGGCGGCACCUGCGGCUCCUCUCGGCUGCGACGGUCGCCUUAGCGGCAGCAGCGCGGGCCACGGAAGCCUCAGCAGCCACAGCCGCUGCGGCCCGGGCAGCGGUCGCUGCCUCUGAGGCACUUGCCCGCUCCCGGCCCAUGGGCUCCGGGAGGAUGUGGAUCCUCGGCAUCGCAGCAACAUUUUGCGGAUUGUUCUCGCUUCAAGGCUUUGCGCUGCAAAUCCAGUGUUACCAGUGUGAAGAAUUCCAGUUGAACAACGACUGCUCCUCCCCGGAAUUCAUCGUGAAUUGCACGGUGAACGUUCAGGACAUGUGUCAGAAAGAAGUGAUGGAGCAAAGUGCGGGGAUCAUGUAUCGCAAGUCCUGUGCAUCAUCAGCCGCCUGUCUCAUCGCCUCUGCUGGGUACCAGUCCUUCUGCUCCCCAGGAAAACUGAACUCGGUGUGCAUCAGCUGCUGUAACACCCCUCUGUGCAAUGGGCCCCGGCCCAAGAAAAGGAGCAGCUCUGCUUCAGUGCUCCAGCCAUGGCUACCCACCACCUUCCUGUUCUUCAAAUUAGCCCUCUUCUUGGCGUACUGCUGA